AGCAGUAGUAUAUCGUAAAAUUUCGUUGAACGUAGAACACCCGUUCGCCGCCAAUGUUAGUGUCGAUAAUUAGGCAGUAAAAACAAUGUGAAACCAUUAUUGGCAUGAUUGGCAUCUAGUUCCGCUCUUCCGCGGGUGUACCGCCAAUAGAAUUGUUUUUGUUUACGCCGUGUGACGCGAGCAUUUCGUACACGUCGCGACAAUAUGAGUCCCCGAGAUUUCCUGUACCGGUUGAGAAGGAGCUUAGAAAAAAUAAAAAUAUCAAAGAAAAUCGCCAUUGUGAUCACUAUUAUUGUCACUUUAAUAUUUUAUCUAAGUCCUUACUGGAGAUCAUCCAACAACCGAAGUCUAGAAUAUGAUGAAUUAUUUAUGAAGAAUGGCCUAUUUGAGAAGUUAUCUUUUCAUAAGCGAGCUUAUGAUAUGUUUGAUGCCAACAUUAGACAUGAACCAUUGGAUCCUGAUGAAAAGCCUUACAAAGAAUUUAUAGGAAAUGGUUAUUUUGGAAUAACACUAGAUUAUGAUUCUCCUAUAUAUAUAAAAGGCAACAGAGCAUUAUCAAUACCUAUUUAUUGGUAUCCAAUAAUCAAAAUAGAUAUUGAAGCUCCAUCACAAUUGGCUACAGUUGUCAGUUAUAAAAAUGGUAUAGCAUACCGAUACGAAUGUUUUUCCAACCGACUCCAAAGUAGUAUUAAAUAUUAUGCAUUCCGAGCCUUACCAACAAUUCUUGUCCAGGAUAUAGAACUAACAAAUCCUACAGAUUUUGUAUUAUUUGCUAAACUGAAGAAACAAUCUCAUAAAACACAUGGUUGGUCAAUGUAUAGCACACGUUCCAUACAAUUACCUGACCUGACUGAAAGUUUUAUAGUUGAAUCUGGUAUUAGUACAUCAACAACUGACAAUCCAAUUUAUGGUGUUUCAAUAACAUAUUCUCAGUUUCCAAUUAGUGUUAAGGUCACACCACAUAGUAUAUUUAAACUACGUAUUAUUAUCGCAAUAGAAUAUUUGGCUUUGAAAAACUCCUUAGAAUUUACUGGAAUUAAGUCAACUUUAGAAAAGAAAUCAAUUGAAUCAAUAUUGAAAGUCUCAAAUUAUGAAAACAUUGAGAAAACACAUAUUGAUAUUUGGGAGAAGCUAUGGAGUACUGGAUUUUCAAUAAGCAUGUCAAAAGCAAGUGGUGUCUUAAAUGGAGAUUUAAUCAAUGCAACAGUGUACAAUGUUCUAUCCAGUGUUCGAGCACCUUCUUAUGAAAUUUCAUCUUCUCCUGCCGUUCUUGCUAAAGUUGCAAGUAGUCUUUCAUAUGUUGAAGGUUGUUAUGGUGCAAACCAUGAUACUUUACAAGCUGUAGGUUUAUGGACAAAUCUUUCUUCAAUUGAAAAAAUUAACAAUGCUGUGUCAUUAUGGAUUCUUACUUUAGAAAAACAAGGAUGUUAUAAUCUUGUUAAUGCAGGGGCUGCUGGAGUAGCUCAAGCAAUGGUUUUAAGUUUUGGUAAUUUUCGAUUUAGCAACCAACAUUUGGAAUUUAAUAUGCAUCCAAAAUUUUUACACAGAGAUUUUUAUUUCCGGCGCCUCAAUUAUGGAAAUAUGACUCAUAUCAAUGUGACAGUUUCAGUCCAGGAAAAUAAUAAAGCUAUUAUCUCUGUAGCUAUAGACCGUAGCGAUAAGAACUAUUAUGCUUGUGAUGGUGGAUGUUUAGAUGAACCAGUUUUGUUAGGACCCGAGUAUAAAACAUUUCCAGUUAAGCUAACUGAUCCUGUAACCGGAAUAUUAUAUUUAACCUAUGAUAAAAAACAUAUGGAAGAUUUAAAACAUGCAAUUCAUGUUAAAGAAGUUUCAGAAGCUCCUGCACAUGAACAUCAUGUAUUAGCACUUCAUAAACACGGCCACCGUCUAGGAGGAUUGCCUACAUUUUUCUGGGUUGCAAUCGGUUGUUUGAUUGUUGUAUUUCACCUUUUCCUAUUCAAACUAAUUUACAAUGAAUAUAUUAACUGGCAAGAUAAAUCAAGAAUAAAAUAUGGUAAACUAGCAUAUAAAUAAACAUUGUUAUAAUUAUUUCUAUUCAAAAUGCUAA